AUGGCAGAUCUCGAUACUAAACUUCUCUUCACGGCUACCCAGCAUCUCAACGAUGUUCUGGUAUCUUCUUUUCUUUACAAGAAAUCUUACGGCACGUCUGGUAAGAUCACAGUUCAAGAACCAGUGAAAACAGUGAACCCUGGCUCUGAAACCAAUGGCCAGCAUGGAAAAGCCGUAAUAACCACUCAACACAAAUUCAGCAAGGGCAAAUACCAUGAGUGCUGGUGUGUGCUGAGAAGAGGCCAAUUCAGCUACUAUAAAGACAGAAGUGAACGGAAAGCCAUUGAUGUUAUCCCGGCAGAAGAAAUCCUGGGUUUCAGAGCUAGCCAAAUAGAGUUGCUUAUGGAACUGUACACUAUUCGAAAGACUUACUAUUUGAGGGCGGAAUCGCUGAAACUCUUCAAAGAAUGGAAUUAUGCACUCAAGGAGUUUUUCGCCGACAAAGGUCUACAUGCUGCGUCCAAGAUGGAAUCUUUGAUGAGGCACACGUUCAAAGAGGAAAGCGAAUCUGGAGUUCCAGAUACUGCUAAUGAAGACGACGACGAUGACGAUGACGACGAUUACAAUGACGAAAACGAUGAAAAUGAUGACAAUGACAAUGACGAAAACGACGAAAACGACGAAAACGACGAAAAUGACGACGAUUUCCAAAUCGCUUGCGAAGCUCGUCAGGCUAGUCCCACCUAUGUGCAACGGUCACCGUCGCAGACCGUACCAGUCCCAGAUGAAGAUCGUGAGUUUUACGCCAUUUUCAGCCCCACGCAAAACCCUCCACGCUUAAUUCAAAAGGGAACUCUAUACUGUAGAGUGAAAAAACGGCUGGGUCGCAGAGCGUGGAAAAAAGUAUCUGCUACUCUUGAUAGCACGUAUCUUUGCAUCAAUUCUCUAUCUUCUGGGAAACUGUAUUGGCGCAUCAAUCUCGAUAAAAUCGUUGAUGCUAUUGAGGACGAGAAGAAUCGUCGCUGCUUCACAGGAUUCGCCAUUAUAACUUACGAUGAGAGACUCAAAUUUCGCGCCAUGAGCGAACAAGAACCCAUUGAUUGGAUCAUGAAUUUGAAAAGUUGUGUUGUUGCUAGAAGAAAGCUAGAACAACUGGAGCCACUUGCUUCUUCUUGA